GUGAGCAGUGCCGCGAGAGCCAGCCCUGUCUCCCGCCUGCCCACUCAGUGGUUGUUCCCCCGGAGCUGUGAUCCCCUCUGGAGCCUCAGCAGAUCUGUCUUGCAGGACUGACUACCAGGACCCCUGACCAGGUGUUGGCAUAGGAUAGAGACUCUCCUUCGAAGAGACAGCAAUCUGGAAACAGGAGCCACCAUGGGGUGCUUCAGCUUCAUUAAGGUCAUGAUGAUCCUCUUCAAUAUGCUCAUCUUUCUGUGUGGUGCAGCCCUGUUGGCAGUGGGCAUCUGGGUGUCGGUUGAUGGACCAUCCUUUAUGAAGAUCUUCGGACCGAUGUCAUCCACUGCCAUGCAGUUCGUCAACGUGGGCUACUUCCUCAUCGCAGCCGGUGCUGUGCUCUUCGCUCUUGGUUUCCUGGGCUGCUAUGGUGCCCAGACUGAGAACAAGUGUGCCCUCAUGACGUUCUUCUUCAUCCUCCUCCUCAUCUUCAUUGCUGAGGUUGCAGCUGCUGUGGUCGCCUUAGUGUACACUACAUUGGCUGAGAACUUCCUGACGGUGGUGGUGGUGCCCAACAUCAAGAAAGAGUACGGUUCCCAAAAAGACUUCACUCAAGUGUGGAACUCCACCAUGGAAGGGCUCAAGUGCUGUGGCUUCACCAACUACACAGAUUUUGAGGGCUCACCCUAUGUACUGAGCAGUGGUACCUUUCCCCCAUACUGUUGCUAUAACAGUGUCAACCACUCGCUCGUGGAACCCUGCAACAGUGUCAGCGCCCAUAACAUGAGUGUUCAGGGAUGCUUCAAACAGCUUCUAUAUGACAUCCGAACCAAUGCAGUCACUGUGGGUGGUGUGGCAGCCGGAAUUGGGGGCUUGGAGCUGGCUGCCAUGAUUGUGUCCAUGUAUCUGUACUGCAAUCUGGAAUAAGUUGGCUUCUCCUUCCACCACUGCUGCUGUCGAAUGAAAACUGUGAAGAGGCAGUGAUCAGGGUGGGGACAGAAUCUAACAGUGUCUCUUGGGCCGGAGUUGACCUGACUUUGUUCCUCUGGACUCGGGACCAAAUGGACACCACCCCCUUCAAGUGGAGCCUGACAUUUCCUUCUAUUGGUGGGUUUAGGGUCCUUCUAUUCCAGAGCCCCUAAGGUAGCCAGUCCUCUUACCCAUUCCUCCAGUCUGUCCCUUAAACACUUGAUACUCCCUCAGAGCAAGGGUGGGGGGUGCUCUUGGGGAUCCCAGUACUCCACAGGGGGGAUUAGAGAAAGGCAGCCCAUAUCAUGAGCAUAUACAAAAUCAGCAGUUACCGAGUGGAUGUGUAGAAGGCAUUUCAGGACUCAUAAACCCAUUAAAAUGUUUGUCUGGA